AUGAAGUCAUCCAAUAUUAUUUUUCCCAAACAGGGUCAGGUGCAACUAGCCCUUGAAGAUGUCCCCGACCCCCAGGACGACCAAGUGCUUUGCACAGCGAUCGCCUCCUUAGUCAGCAUAGGCACGGAAUCCACUUGCCUGAAGGGAGUAUACGAGAAAGGCACAUAUUGGGAAGAAUACAUUCAAUAUCCAUUUGCGCCGGGAUACAGCAUGGUUGCUGUCGUGGCCAAGGUUGGACCGGGUGUGUCAAAAUUCAAACAAGGUGACCGUGUCACGUCGCUGGCCACCCAUGCACAGCACUUUCUUAUGAGUCAAGAUGACUUAUUCGCUGUCCCCGACGACAUCACAGAUGACGAAGCUGUCUGGACUACACUCGCUAGGACCACACAGUUGGGGGUGAGGCGAGCCCAAUUGGUCAUGGGGGAGAGCGUUUGCGUGGUGGGACUGGGCAUCCUGGGUCAACUGGUCACGCAGUAUUUGGCAUUGAGCGGCGCAAGGCAGAUCAUUGCUAUUGACCUCUCGCGAACACGACUGGAUUUAGCAAAGAGCCACGGAGCAACACACACCAUUUGCUUGCCAGUGGAGGAGGCGAUCGCUGAGGUCAAGUCGAUCACGGGUGGGAGGAUGACAGACGUCGCCUUUGACGUAACUGGUUUUCCUUCCGUUCUGGCAGGUGCUACACGACUUGUAAGGAAGCUUGGCAGGGUGGUCUUGCUUGGAGAUAGCGCAACGCCUUCUCAGCAAAACAUCGGUCCAAGGAUUGUUGGGGAUUCCAUCGCAAUAUUGGGCGUGCAUGGACUACUGUACCCUCGAGAAGAGAGCCCUUUCAACAUAUGGACGGCGGAGAACAUGAAUUCCCUGUUUUUCCACUACAUCAGGAGUAAGAAGAUGCAGGUCAUGGCGCUGUUGACUCAUCGACGAUCGCCGCAGGAUGCGGAGGAGAUUUACACAUCUUUAGUUAGGAACGACGACGUCUUGGGUGUGGUUCUUGAUUGGAGUUCUCUGAAACAAGGAGAUGUCUAG